AUGAGUCAAGACUACUUCAACGGAAAGGGCAAGGGCAAAGCCCGCAUGCAACAAGAGAACGAUUCAGAUGGUGAUCAUGCUAACGCGCCGAACGGUUCCUCGCCCGCCGACUCUUCCCGUAUGCAAUAUAUGACUGUUGGCAAUGGUGUGCAAUCCGAACAUGCUGCUCGCCUUCAGAGCAUGCUCGAAGCCGACUCCGGUUAUGGUGGAAGUAUAGUUGGCGCCGAUGAUCAGCGUUCUAUGGCUUCAGCUGCUGCAUGGGACAUGGCGAUGCACCACGACCGCCCUGCGUCGGGUGCUGUUCACCAGAUGUGGUAUAAUGCUCAUCGUGCAACUCUCGGACGAUCCAUCAACAAAGUGCUCGAACUACUCGAAAAUCUCCAAGAGAUGAAUGCAUCCUGGCCCGCACAUUACCCCUCGGUUCAGCGAGCACGCCGCGACUCCCCCGAAUUUACACGACCUGCUCUCGCCCACUCGCAAACGGGCAUGGACGGAGUACCAUCCUCACAUCAUCACCCAGCAUUGCGACGUUCCAUGACCACCGUCGAAGAUAGUUCUGCCGAGUCGAGUCGAGCCGCCGAGACUAAACCAACACCCGAGCCACGACUUGUUUCACCCCAGAUUGCUCAAGAAUUCUCUGUAUUAAAGCUGGAUCUCAAGCUUGGUGCUCUGAGCCAGGCUGAGCUUGUUCACUCGCUUGAGAAGAGUUCAAUUGCGUCACUACUCGAUGGAAAGAUCAGCACCAGUAUCAAGCAUCUUAUUGCCCUCCGCGAACGAAUCGAGGAUACCGCCAGUAAGGUUCUUAUCACGGGUGAUCUCAACGCUGGCAAGUCAACUUUCUGCAAUGCGCUCCUGCGUCGAAAGGUUCUUCCCGAGGACCAGCAGCCUUGCACCGCUAUCUUCUGUGAGGUACUUGAUGCAAGAGAGAACUCGGGUGUGGAGGAGGUGCAUGCUGUGCACAAGGACGUUCCCUACGAUCGAAAUGAUGAAUCGACUUACGAUGUGUUCUCGCUGAAGCAACUGGAAGAUAUCGUUAUUGACAACGAGACAUACACCCAGUGCAAGAUCUAUGUCAAGGACAGCCGAACUAUCGACGAAUCUCUGUUGAACAACGGUGUGGUGGAUAUUGCUUUGAUCGACGCUCCUGGUUUAAACUCCGAUACAACCAAGACAACAGCUAUCUUUGCCCGCCAGGAGGAGAUUGAUGUCGUAGUUUUCGUGGUGUCGGCUGCCAACCACUUCACACAGUCUGCAAAGGAGUUUAUUUGGGCCGCGGCUGCUGAGAAGGCUUACAUCUUCAUUGUUGUCAAUGGAUUCGACGUCAUUCGAGACAAGAAACGAUGUGAGAAGAUGGUUCUGGACCAAGUUGCUGGCCUUAGCCCCCGAACACACAAGGAAUCGUCGGAGCUCGUCCAUUUCGUUUCAAGCAAUGCCAUCCCUGUCGGCCCAUCUCCCCCAGGAGGCCCCAGCGGUGGCGGCAGUGGAAGCUCAAGUGGAGGCGCUGGUGACCCUGGGGAUGGCGACGACAAGGGCAAGGGUAAGGAUGCUGACAAAGUACGAGAUUUUGAGGCUCUUGAACAAUCCUUGCGAAGAUUUGUGCUCGAGAAGCGCGCACGAUCGAAGCUUGCACCAGCUCGAACCUAUCUCCUUAACAUCCUGAAUGAUGUCAACACUCUUGCGACUGUCAACCAGGAAGUCGCCCAAGCAGAAUUGGAGCGAGUUACCAGUGAGCUUAAGGAGCUUGAACCUCAGCUGGAGUCUAGUCGAAAAGCACGCUCUGAGGUUAGCGAGAAAGUGGACGCCAAUGUCGAGGAGACAUGCAAAGAAGUUUACGAUUACACUCGCAACACUCUCAACUCGGCCAUUCUCCGUUCUGGAAGCAGCCAUUACGAUGUGCCCUACCCAGGUAUCUGGAGUGCCUUCCAAUAUGCCGAGGACCUCAAGGAAGCCAUGCUCUCUCGUAUUGCGGAUUCAGUGGCGAACUGUGAGGAGUAUGCUCGCGGCAAGACUGUCUAUGGUGUCAAUGCUAUUAAACAGCUGGGUCUUCUGCACGUGGGUGACGAGUUCCAGAACCUCCAGUUCCGACCAGAUGUCAUGUUCCGCCGCAAGCGAGACGCCCUUGCUCGCCAGGUUGAUAUUCCCACCGAGAUAGCUGACUUUGUCGACUGGACAACGCUCCUGCAGCGACAGGAGAAGUACGCUGGUACCGGUAUGGCUUUGACGGUUGCUGGCGCCGUGGUGCCCCGGAUGAUCGGAAUGAGCACAUGGAUGGACCAGGCCAUCACAGCAACGAAGAUUCUAGGCAACGAGAACCUACGCUCGCUUAUUAUCCCUGGUAUUCUCGUGGCUGCUAUUGCCGCCUCCGCCUAUGUUCUUCAGCAAAUUCCCAACUCUCUUCCUCCCCGCCUUGCUACCAAGAUCUCUGAACAGCUCGCUGAGAUGGAUUAUGUUCACUCCAACUCCGCCCGUAUCUCCUCAUCUGUUCGCAAGGUCCUUCGUAUCCCUGCCGAUAACCUCCGAGUCGGCCUCGACCAGAGUCUCAAGGAUCUGAGCGCUAAGCGUGAAGAGACUAUCAAGGUCAAGGGCGAGAGUGAGCGUGCUUCUCGUUACUUCCUUAACCUCGUCCGCCAGAGUGAUGACCAGCGUGGCAAGGUUGAGGCUGUGGAUCUCGAGACCCCGCCGCCCGGUAUGCACUGA